UAAUGUUCAGUAUUUCAAUUUAGUAACUUUGUUCUAUAGUCAUGCGUGUUUCGUCGUCUUCACACUCUUUAUAUUGUUUUCAGUCAAUUUUAUAUCUAGUAGUAUUGAUAAUUAACAGUUCCAACCCUUCAUAUUAUUUUCAGUCAAUUAAAUAUCUUGUAAUAUCGACCAAGUCAUCUCUAAGUCUAGCCAAAAAAAUAAAACAAGAGAGUGUCACGAGAGGAACACAAUCAUAUUGUUUCUUUCCAUAUUUCCAAGCAAACUCUGUUCUAGUUUCGUUAAACUAUACACAGUACCAGUGUCGGGCUUACCUCUAGAGAUCUAAGACAAAACUGAAAAAUCCUUUAUCACAAUCAUUAUAUUAAAUUAGAAUUGUGCAAAUAAUGAUAAAUAAAUGUGAAUUACUUUAUACAACCUGAAUAUGAAUAUCAAGUAGUGUUACUAGAUAUAACUUUUUUUUUCCUUGACGACUAUAUGAUUAACUAGAUCAAUGAAGUAUUAAACUUAAAGACUCAGUAAAGACAUAACUAACUUCAGUUUAUAAGAUCAAAGAUGAGAGAUUUUGUUGUGCUUAAAAUUGGGCCUUUUUAUGUAGGGGAAGCAAUUGGUCAACCCGGCCUUAUUUGGAUUCGGUAAGCAAACAAAGUUACCUGAGAGGCUGCAAUUUUGCAGUGGCUGGAUCAACGAUUCAGAAAAAAAAUGCUGCACCCAUUAGCCUUUUUGGUUUUGGUGUUCCAGUCUCUCAUUUGAUCACCUUCAAUCCAAAGUUGUUUGAAUCGUAUAUAGUAAUGUACCAGUGUUUUUAAUUGUUUUUCAGAUGAAGCGAUACUUACCUACGGAAUAUUUUUUUUUAAAUGGAUUGUUUAUGUUUGAUGUCGGACAAAAUGAACUUGCCGGUGCAUUUUUCAACAAGACACUAGAUCUAGCUUUUGGUAACAUUCCUAAAAUCCAGAUAAAUUUCAAGAUGGAAUAAAGGUCAGUAUUCACAUGGUGAGUUUAAUAGUCGCAUGCACAGUAAUCUCACAUCAAAUUUACGAUAAAUCAGUUUUAUAAGAACGAUAGAGUACACACAAUUGGUGGUUCACGAAAUCUGACCAACUUUUCUUACAUCUUUGAACCCGCUAUAGAGAAAUUUGACAACACUCUUCAUCCACAUUCAAACCUAAUUAUACUUAAAAAUUAUAUUUAGUAUGUUCAUCAUUUUUUUUGUUUCUUAUGUUUAAUAAUAUAUAUUGUUUUACCUAAAAGCAUGUAGAUUAAAAUAAUUAUUAAUCUUUGACACAAAAAUAAUUAUUAAUCUUUUAGGAUAUAAACGAAAUCUAAUUUGACCAAUUAUAAAAACCCAACAAAUUAUAAUUGGUUACAUUACACAAUAUUCAAAAAGAUAAAAUUACACUGAUAGAUAGAAAUAUGAAAAUAAUCUAUAUUUUGAAGCCAAAGUACAUAUAGCUAUAUGAAACUUGUCUGAAAUUAUUUUUGAGUAACACUAUUAUCUAUUUAUAAAAGAAAUAAUAGGUCGUUAAGUAACAACUUUUAACAAAAAUGAAGCCUCGUUUUCUGACUUUUGUUCGACUCUUCAAUCUUCACCUACCCAAAACAUGGUCUUUGAUUAACAUAAUUACACAAUUAUAUCGAUGAUUGACAAAAUGACAGAAUUAUAUCGAUGAUUAACACAAUGACACAACGAUAUGGAUGUGAAUUCCGUAAAACCCCAAAAAGAUAAAAUAAAAAAGUGUUACGGGAGGAACACGAUCAUAUUCUUUAUUUCCAUAUUAAAAAAAAAAACUCCAUUCUAUUUUCAUUAAACUAUACAUUGUACACACAUACACAUUUCUUAUGUAUACAUACAAAUGCAUAUGUAUAUAUUUGUAUGUGCAUAUAUAAAUAUAAGCAAUAAUGAGAAGAUGAAAGUAUACUAAGCAUUUGACCAAGAAAAGGAAAAAUAUACUAAGCAAUGGAAACCGUUUUUCACUCUCUUCUCAUAUUGUUAUCAUUUGUAGCCAUCUCUCAUACUCAGCCUCUUCUGGCCGGUUCUUUUCCAAUUUCUCCUAAUUUUGCGGCAGUUUUCAACUUCGGAGACUCUAACUCUGACACCGGAGAACUCACCUCUGGUCUUGGUUUCCGUCUCCCACCUCCCAAUGGACAAUCCUUCGUCUUUAAACCUCCAUCUACUGGAAGAUUCUGUGAUGGACGUCUCAUCGUCGAUUUUCUAAUGGAAGCAAUUGGUCGACCCUACUUGAGACCUUAUUUGGAUUCAGUUAGCACACAAAGCUACCUGAGAGGCUGCAAUUUUGCUGCUGGUGGAUCAACGAUUCAGAAGGCAAAUGCUGCAUCAUUUAGCCCUUUUAGUUUUGCUGUUCAAGUCUCUCAAUUCGUCACCUUCAAAUUUAAAGUUCUUCAAUUAAUACAACAAGGUAACUAUAAUAAUAAUCCUCAACAUUAUAUAAACUUGUCUGGUUCAUAUAGACAUAUGUUUAUUCAGCUGUACCAACAUAUUUUUUUUUCAGAUAAAACUCUCGAAAACUUACCGUCGGAAGAUCAUUUCAAAAAUGGAUUGUACAUGUUUGAUAUCGGACAAAAUGAUAUAGCCGGUGCAAUUUACGGCAAGACAGUAGAUCAAGCUGCUGCUGUCAUUCCUACAAUCAUAAAAACAUUUCAAGAUGGAAUAAAUAGACUCUAUUGGGAAGGGGGUGCGAGGAACUUUUGGAUACACAACACAGGACCAAUUGGGUGUUUAGCUCAGAUGGUGUCAAUAUUUGGGAAAGAGAAAUCAAAAGUUGAUGAGUUUGGUUGUGUCAUUGGCCAUAACGAAGCUGCUAAGCUCUUCAAUUUACAGCUUCAGGGUCUUGUCAGAAAUUUUACUCAACAAUAUCGUGAUGCUAAUUUCACGUACCUCGAUAUCUUCUCGAUCAAAUCCGACCUCAUCCAGAAUCAUUCCAAAUAUGGUUUUGAUCAGUCCAUAAUGGUAUGUUGUGGAACCGGAGGACCGCCACUGAACUACAAUGAUCAGAUUAACUGUGGUUCAACAGGGACAUCAAACGGUACGACAGUAACAUCCAACGCAUGUAAUGAUAGUUCCAAAUAUGUUAACUGGGAUGGAAUUCACUAUACCGAAGCUGCAAACCGGUUUGUUUCACAGAAAAUUCUGUCCGGUACAUAUUCCCAGACGGUGUCGUCUUGAAAUCAGAACCUCUAGUGGGUCUUUUGUUGUUUUUUCAUGUGUGAUAAAAGUUAAAACAGAGCAUUCUCUAAUAACUUUCCUUUCACAACGAUAAAUGCUCUGAUUCAAUAAAAGUUCUCUUGUAAUGU